AUGCGACCGCCUACACGAGCGCAACUUGUUAUUCUGCGACGGUCGCUUCUGCAGUCGCCACCUCCGGCGCUGUUAUAUUCGUCACUGAGGAGCAGCAGAAGCGUUCGAAUAGUGGAAGCUGGUCCACGAGACGGCCUUCAGAGUAUCAAAGUUACUGUACCAACUGCGACCAAGAUUGAACUCAUAACCCGCCUUGCCGACACCGGAUUGGCAGAUAUUGAAGCUACCUCUUUUGUAUCUCCCAAAUGGGUGCCUCAGCUUGCAGAUGGCGCACAAGUGAUGAAAGACGUUGCCAAUCUCCAGAAGCAGCACCAGCAGAACAAUAGAUUGGUCAAUUUUCCGGUCCUUGCACCCAACCUAAAGGGCUUGCUCAACGCGCACAACGCUGGGGCCCGAGAGGUAGUUGUAUUUGCAUCUGCAACCGAAGCCUUCAGUAAAGCGAACCAGAAUUGUACAGUCGCGGAAGGGCUCGAUCAUGCGGAAAAUGUAGCCGGCGAGGCCCUUCGACUGGGGCUCAAGGUUCGAGGCGUUGUGUCAUGCAUCUUUUCAGAUCCGUUUUCUGGCCCGACACAGCCAGAAACAGUCCUUCCCGUGGUAAAAAGGCUACUGGCUAUAGGCUGCUAUGAAGUUGGCCUUGGAGACACCCUUGGUGUUGGCUCUGCCUACGACACCCAGAAGCUGCUCGAGGUGCUACUGCGAGAUGUGCCUGCAGAUAUGCUGGCCGGCCAUUUUCACGACACGUACGGGCAGGGAGUGGCCAACGUCUUGCGAGCAUACGAUAUGGGACUUCGCACCUUUGACAGUAGCGUCGCUGGGUUGGGGGGUUGUCCCUAUGCGCCUGGUGCCAAGGGCAACGUUGCGACGGAAGAUAUAGUAUACGCUCUGGAAAGGGCUGGUGCCAACACAGGCGUAGACUUGGACAAGUUGACGGAUGUUGGUCAAUGGAUAUCGUCGCAGUUAUCCAUCCCAUACGGCAGCAGGGCAGGUACGGCUAUAGCCGCCAAGAGAAACUCCGUCCAUCCAUACACCACUACUAGUACCGCAGCUACAGACGCAAAGCCGCCUACGAGAUCAUGGACCCUUGUUGAGGAUCGAGGCACCUACCGUACGGCGCGGUCUGGAACAGCCAUCAAGAUCACUCUGACGCGGCCGCGAAACGGCAACGCACUUACACUCGAAAUGCUAGAUGGAUUGACGGCUCUCUACCGCGACUUGGCCAAUGACCCGUCCGUAUACCACAUUGUAUUGGCCGCUGAAGGCAAAUUCUUCUGCACGGGCAUGGACCUGAGCGGCAGCACGGAUACAUCAUCCAGCAGCAACUCCGAAUCGAGUUACUACGAAAGAGUCCUGGCCUUAUACGAUGCAAUUGACCAAAGCCCACAAACCACAAUUGCUUUGGUGGAUCGCCCCUGCUUUGGCGGCGGCGUCGGGUUGACCUUUGUCUGUGACGUGCGUCUGGUUUCGUCGGACGCGUCGUGGACACUAAGCGAGGUCAAGAUUGGUGUAAGUCCAGCCGUGAUUUCCAAGUACCUCGUGCGAGAGCUGGGCCCAUCGGUUGCCCGAGAGGCCAUGUUGUCGGGAAGAGUCGUCCAUCCAGCAGAGAUUCGUCCUCAAGGCGCCAUCCAUGCGGUGGAAGAAAACACAGAGGCUCUGGAACGCGCGCUCGACAAGUACCUUGACCAGCUGCAGAAAUGUGCCCCGCGGGCUGCGGCCAUCAACAAAGAGUUGGUCCGCCUGGCGUGGCGGGAUGGUGAGAGUGAUGAGCAAGCAAAGCUGGUAGAAUCAACGUUUUAUAACAUGAUGACGCCGGGCUCGGAGGGGGAGCAUGGUAUUGCUCAGUUUCAAAGAAAGAUAAAGGACUUUAGCUGGCGCGAGUUUUGGCAGGGGAGAAGCCCAAUGCGUGGGUUGAGAUCUACUGUGGUGACUGGAGACGAAGCCAAGCAAUAG